GGCACCAGCGCACACACACAAGAGGGUUUAAGCAUGAGAGCUUAACACACAACGACAACAGCCAAAAAUACAUGUCAGAAAUUGUGCCCCCAGAAGUGAGACCCAAACCUGCAGUCCCUGCCAAACCCUCUCAUGUGGCACCACCCGCCAGUGCCCCUGUCGCCCCUCAAGGGCCAGGGGCCGGAGGUCAGGGGUCAGGGGGCGGGUCCGCAUUGCUAGGAUACAUUGGCAUUGAUACCAUCAUCGAGCAAAUGAGGAAGAAGACCAUGAAGACCGGCUUUGAUUUCAAUAUCAUGGUUGUUGGUCACAGUGGCUUAGGGAAGUCCACGUUGGUUAACACACUGUUUAAGUCUCAGGUGAGCAGAAGAAGCUCUGGGUGGAACCGAGAGGAGAAGAUCCCCAAAACAGUGGAGAUCAAGUCUGUGUCUCACGUGAUUGAGGAGGGCGGAGUUAAAAUGAAGCUGACAGUGAUUGACACCCCAGGGUUUGGAGACCAGAUCAACAAUGAAAACUGCUGGGAGCCCAUCUCCAAAUACAUUAAUGAGCAAUAUGAGAAGUUUCUAAAGGAGGAGGUGAACAUCGCUCGCAAAAAACGAAUCCCUGACACUAGAGUGCACUGCUGCAUCUACUUCAUCUCCCCCACCGGACACUCUUUGCGUCAGCUGGACAUCGAGUUCAUGAAACACCUGAGUCGUGUGGUCAACAUCAUCCCAGUUAUCGCCAAGUCCGAUACGCUGACUCCCGACGAGAAAAUUGAAUUCAAACAGAGGGUGAGGAAGGAACUGGAGGUGUGUGGGAUUGAGUUUUAUCCGCAGAAGGAAUUCGAUGAGGACAUGGAAGACAAGAGCGAUAAUGAUAAGAUCAGAGAGGCUAUGCCCUUUGCCGUGGUUGGCAGUGAUAAAGAGUACCAAGUUAACGGCAAACGAGUUCUGGGGAGGAAGACGCCAUGGGGAGUGGUGGAAGUUGAGAACCCAAAUCACUGCGAAUUCUCCCUACUGCGAGAUUUUGUCAUUAGGUCUCACCUGCAGGAUCUGAAGGAGGUCACCCACAACAUCCACUACGAAACAUACCGCGCAAAGAGACUCAACGACAACGGAGGGCUCCACCCAAUCUCCACCUCCACCGCCAACGACACACAGGAGAGCAACCUGUAACUACGACGACGGGAGACGAGUGAGAGAUUACAAACAAAAAAAAAACCCCUCAGACGGAAAAAGAGAGAAACAAAGUAAAAAGAAAAGAUGGCAGAGAUAAAGAUGAUUGAUGAUUGAUAAAAAUCCUGUGUUAUAUAUUUUUCAUCACUGCAUGUUCUGAGGAGUCUGUCGCUGUGGAGUUUCUAGUCUUUACUUGUCG